CAGCUAUUUACAUUUUCUGUUGCUUACUUGCGGUACCGCGGCUGAAACUGUUGAAGCAGUGCUCUCGUAGCCAAACACCUAAUAUCUUUAGCGUGCCUAGUGGCACAUUUAAUCACAUGAGAAUUUUUCAUCAUAUGAUGUAUUUAAAAACCUGAAAAAUGAAUAUCUCUAGUUAAACGUCUCGUUUUAACCAGAAGAGAGUUGUGUGAAAAGAUUGUCAACGAACAUAAGGUACCAUUUAGGACUGGUCAUCGACAAUCGAUUGAACUGACAUGAUCACAUUUCUUAUACAUCUCCAAGGUUUAUCCCAAAAUGAAGAUAUUAAAUAGGAUUUCAGCCUUUUUAAGUAGAAAUGUUCUGUUAAGAAUUUGCAAGCAAACCAUUUUACCUAUAUUUGAUUAUGGGCGUAUUGUUUGGGGAGACUGUGGUAAACAGAAUGAGCAACGUUUAGAACUUCUACAGAAUCAAACAAUACGUAUCAUUUUAGCUGCUCAUCGCAAAUCUUGUACUCAGAACAUGCGUACUAGGUUGAAUAAAAUGUUCAAUAUGUUAAUUAGAACUGACUAUCUAGUUAACAAUUACAUAAAUAUAGAUCUUUUAGGGAUGCUGCUCUGUUACGGCCUGUUUACAAGGAGAGAGGGUUUACCUUGUGCUACGGUUACCCGUAGCAAGCGAGUUAAAGAUAGCCCAGGUUUAUAAGAAUAUGUCACAGGAAGCCGGGUCAACUUUACCAGUUUUAAUGACGUGUUUCUUCAUGCGUGACAUUCUUUGUAACGUCCAAGAUUUGAAAUAAAACUUGAAGUUCUCUAUGGAAAACACGUUAAAUUCACGAAAAAACCGGGAAAAUAUUGUUCGCCGUCGGUAGCAUUUAUAAGAUUUUCAGGACAAAAAAAGGGGGAAACAGAUGUUGUAUAUAAUAAACGCUGCCUACGUCUAUGUUAAUGUGCUUAAAUGCUCUGUCAAUAAAGGUACCUAUUUCCCUAAUUAUAAUCAUUUCCCCGCAUUCUCUGUCAAUCAGAAUUAUAUAUUAUAAAAUUUGGAAACCUCGUCUAUAUGUCUUGUUUCAGGAUCAGAAAUAGUGUACUUUUUUUAUUGACCCAGGCUACCACAAAGAUUAUUUCCAAAGUGAAACUGAAAGUCCCCAAAGUUCAUUCUUUUAAUUGGGGUUUUAGUGGUCAUUUGUUAUCCUUUUUUUUAUUUAGAUUUUGCCUUGUUUAGCUCAUGUUUUCAACAUGAUAUAAUCAUAUUUCUUAAUGCCCGGUUCAGCUUUUCAUUGGCCUCAGGAUGGAGACAAAAUAUCAACCCGAACCAAAUGUUACCUCGUUUCGUUUCUAAAAGCACAAAGUUGUCCAGAACUAAACGGGGCACAAAAUUUUCUACGGUAGCCAAUAUUCGAAAAUGCUGUGUCAGCAUCCGUUGUCAACUAUGUUUCCAAGGAGUUCUUAUGGUAGCUAUGCCUGAAAGAAGAGUCUCGUGGCAAUGCUGUUUCUUAUCAUACGAUUUUUUGUCAAAUCUAGCUUACAGAGCAGCUUUAUCAAUGUCUGAUUGAACAAGAUCUAGAGCAUCAGAGAUAAACUUUUGUGUCGUAACAUUACUAAUAUAACUCUUUAGGACUGACCAAUAUCGACAAAGAGGAACAAGAAGGACGACAUUAGCCGUAUUUAUACCCUAAAACGUCUAAGGCCUGGUUCAGACGCCGUACUUUUCAUGUGCCGAACCUAACUGAAUAAGUUCGACUUUGGAGCGACACUGGCGCCACAUCUCAUUCAGACGGCGUAUCAUGUGUCGAACCUAAGUUAAGUUCGACAAAAGUUCGACUAACUCUGUCGAACUUAACGCUUUUGCCGCACCAAACUAAAACUGCUGUACCAAAUUGAUUCAGACGCCGCUCUUUUGCCGUACUUAAUUCAUCAGUUAGGUUCGGCACAUGAGUGGAGCGGCGUCUGAACCGGGCCUAAGGCGUUUAGAAGAAUAUGUAGCUAACAGUUUUCUGCUAAGUCUUAUGCUACCUGAGAAGACAAUGACGUUUGUUAAGUGCGUCAGUCAGACGUAUUUAUUCCCAGACGUUUAAUUCGUCUGCCCAGCUUAUUUCGAGCAGUACCGUAUUCCCUCGCAAAAUAACAAAAAGGACAAAAAGAACGCGAUUAUUCGAAGGAAGGAGAU